CGAUCUGAUUGGUUGAUGAAGACAACCAUUUGUUUCCAUAGUAACACGUGCUUUGACCUUACCUUCAAUGUCUUCUCCAUCACUUUAGGCAGUCCUAUAUGGCUGCAAUGUACAAAGCAUAACCAAUGUAUUCUGAAAGAAAUGAAGGAUUACAUCAAGAAGUGCAGCAAAUGUCAGGAAAAGGCUGACCGCUCCCGCUCUUCCAAUGAUCCCUCCGAAAUGUUGGAGGAGUUUGGACUUGAAGUGCAUUCAGACAGCAAUGAAACAGAUGAUGAACUCAGCAACUCCACAUCUGGAGCCAACGCAGAUCCUAAGUCUUUAAAAAAGAAGGCGGUGGCAAAGCAUGAACUGGUUUUUGUUGACAGUAAAGGAAUAGUAAAACAGUCCUCUCUUAAGCACGGCCAGGCAGUACUGGAUCAGUUAAACCAGCAGAGGAUUGCUAACCAAUUCUGUGAUGUGACAUUGCUCAUAGAAGGAGAGGAAUACAAGGCUCAUAAGUCAGUUCUGGCAGCCAGCAGCGAGUACUUCAGAGAGCUCUUCAUUGAAAAAGGAGCAGUCUCGAGCCAUGAAGCUUUUGUGGAUCUUUCAGGAUUCUGCAAGGCCAGUUUCCUGCCCCUGCUAGAGUUUGUUUACACCUCUGAACUGUGCUUUGAUUUCUCCAGCAUGGCAGAACUGGUAAUGCUGGCACGACACCUCUUCAUGCAUGAAGUGUUAGAAAUCUGUGAGUAUGUGCAUAAACAAAUGGAAGAAAAGCAGCUCACUUUGUUUCAGAAAGGAGAAGUUCAAACUGUAUCUUCAGAAGAGAACGUGCAGGUUGUCCGGUUGGAAGAGAGUGAGAAUGUAGGCAUGCCAAAAUUGACUGUUGUAAAGGAGGUGCUGUGUACCCAACAGAUUCUAACCCUGGAAAAUAUCAAUUGUCAAGCUACGGAAGAAAUUCUAGUAAGUGCUGCUCACCAGCCAUUGUCUGUGGAUGCCACUAUACAACUAACCAAUGACAGUGAACUUCCAGUUGGCUCUGUUGGUGGCACCAAGGUCAGCUCUGUUGAUGGCACUACAGCAAUUUACAUUUCAAAUUCCACUUCAGACCAGCAGCCUACAGUUCUUUUUCCUACCAUCAUUGAUGUGUCAUCUGUUGAACCCCAGCAAUCCGUAGAAAUAAUCCAAGAAGUUGUAACAUCUGAAGUGCUAACUUCUGAAUCAGCAGAAAUUCAGCCAUCUGUCACUAGUGUCCAUGGACCUGAAUUACAGGAGGUGCCUAGCCAUGAAGGAGUUGACGAGGAACCGACAGACUUAUCUAGAAAUACUGUACACUCAGAAAUGACAGAUCCUGUUGGUGCACAGGGAUCACCUAGUGUGGAUAUGGAUGCAGAUGGUAAUAUUAAUGAGCAAAAGGAACUCAAAUCAAAGUCUAAAGAAAGCCUAAAGAGGAAACGUGGUAAGCUGCCAAAGUGUAAAUCACCAGCUGUUGAAGGAAGUGCCUCUGUCCCAACAAUACCAGAUGUCGAUAAAACAUGUAGUGAAAGAACUACUAGUAACAGUGCCAGCUCCCCCAUUGUGGGCAGUCAGACCUCUGGAGCAGAUACUGCAACAUCUGAGAGUCCAGGCUCUUCAGAAACAGACCCCUAUAAAAGCAAGUUACGAGAGCGCUCUGUUGAAGAAGGUGGAUACAUUCAGUUGCACAGAGGCAAAGAAAAGAAAAACUUCAAUAAAAAAGCAGUCCCCAAGUCUGCAGUACAGCAGGCUGCUAGGAAAUUGGUGGAGAGGGGGAAAAAAAGAAUGAUGCCACCUAAAAAAGAAGCCCCACAGGCAGAAGAGGAGCACAAGUGUAAGGAAUGCGGAAUGGUGUUUCUGCGCAAGUAUGCACUUAUCAUGCACAGUAUGAAGCAUGACCGCAUUAAAGAAUUCAGGUGCCCGUUGUGCAAGAAGGAGUUCCAGUACAGAGCAUCAUUACGUGCCCAUUUGAUCAGACAUUCUCGUAAAACCGAGCCAGUAGCCUCAGAAACGGAAGCAGCCAAAGGAAGGACCAAACGACAAUAUAUAUGUGACAUCUGUGGACGAACCCUCCCAAAAAUGUGCUCUUUGAGACUACAUAUGCUCAAACAUACUGGUGUGAAGCCACAUGUAUGCCAGAUUUGUCAGAAAACAUUUACUCACAAGCACGGUUUAAAGAUGCACCAGGCAUUACAUGAAACAAACAAACAGUUCAAGUGUCUUAUGUGUGAGAAGUCUUUUGUGACAAACCGCAGUCUCCAAGAACAUGUGAGCACACAUACAGGUGAAACAAAGUAUCUUUGCACAAUGUGUGGAAAAACUUUCCAUCGAGCAUCUGGCCUUAGUAAACAUCUGAAGAAGCACAGGCCCAAACCUGAAGUUCGAGAAUAUCACUGCACUCAGUGUGAAAGAAGUUUCUCCGAAGCACGAGAUCUGCAGCAGCACAUGAACAAGCACCUUGGUGUGAAGCCUUUUGAGUGUGAAGUUUGUGGAAAGUGUUACAGCUGGAAGAAGGAUUGGUAUUCACACGUAAAAUCUCAUUCUGUAACAGAGCCGUAUAGGUGUAAUGUUUGUGGAAAGGAGUUCUUCGAGAAGUCAUUAUUCAGGAGACAUGUCAAUAAGGCAACCCAUGGCAAGAAGGGAAGAAUCAAGAGAAAUAUUGAGAGAGUUUGUAAUCAUUGUGGAAAAUCCUUUACCCAGCUAAGAGAGUUUAGAAGACAUGUGAACAACCAUGAAGGUGUAAAACCAUUUGAGUGCCUAACAUGUGGUGUAGCCUGGGCCGAUGCACGUUCCCUAAAACGACAUGUGAGGACACAUACAGGAGAGAGGCCGUAUGUUUGCCCUGUGUGCAACGAAGCCUACAUCGAUGCCCGCAAUCUACGAAAGCACAUGACAAAGUAUCAUAGCAAUUAUAUUCCUUGCAAAAUUAUGCUGGAGAAGGACAGUUUACAGUUUCACCACCAAGGAACCCAGGUGGAACAUGCGGUCAGCUUUCUGCCAAAUGACAUUGUAGAGUCACAAUCUGAGAUUGUAACGGAGGAGAUUGAGACUGUUUUAGUAUCUGGAGAUAUGGUGGAAUCAGUUGAAGAAGUUCCUAGCACUGCAGAUGGUGCAGCCGUGUCUACUCUUACUGACCAAAGCAUCAUGCAAGUGGUUAACUAUGUGUUGUCCCAACAAGGAGGGGUUAAGCUGCCUGAAGUGACUGAUCACAUUGAGACUGUAGAAGUGGAGGUUGGCCACGUGUCUGAGGUCCUAUGACAUUCUAUAUAAAUGGAUUUAGUUGUACAUAAUGUAGCACUUACAAGUUCUGCCAAUAAAGUAUGUGGCCCUUAUGUGUAUAGAAAUAUUUAAGUGGUUUGCUUAUAUUGUGAAUUUGCACAGAUUGGUUUCAAGUUCCAUUCUUACAGCUAUGGUUAUUAAAACAAACUAUACAAGUUGUAAUCUUUAGAGUUUUUAUUUAAUAUAUAUAAUGAUUUUAGGGUUUCAAACCAGAGUUCAAUGAACAUAAAUGAAUUAAACUUACACAAUUGUAGUUGUUGAUCUUUUAUUAACCCCCAUCCUGACCACCCAAAGUUUAGAUUUGGUUUUUAUUCUUAUAUAUUUAAGUUCUGUUCACCUUUUGAUAACAUUUUUGAUUUUCCACUGACCAUAGUAUUAGGGCUUAUUUUAUGCAGUAGCUGUUUUUUUUAACCUAGAAUGUAUUACAGGGCAUAAAUUAUAAUGUAUUGUAGGGUGAGAUUGGAAAAUGCAAUUGAGCAAAUUUGUGGGGCAAACAGGUUUUACUGUACAGUACUUAAAGGGGUACUCCGCCCCUAGACAUCUUAUCCCCUAUCCAAAGGAUAGGAGAUAAGAUGUCAGAUCGCCGGGGUCCC